AUGUCUUCCUCUGGUCCAAAAGUCAUCAUUAUCUCAUCUGAUGAAGAAAAAUUCCCAGUUGAUCAACAAAUUGCCGAAAAGUCAAUCUUGAUCAAAAAUAUGAUUAAUGAUUUAAACCCAGAUGGAUUACAAGAAGAUUUUGAAAUCCCAACUCCAAACGUCAGAGCAUCUGUCUUAUCCAAAGUCUUGGAAUGGUGUGAACAUCAUAGAAACACCCAAUUUCCAGAAGAUGAAGAUGAUGAUAUUAAGAAAUCUGUUCCUGUUGAAGAAUGGGAUAGAAGUUUUUUGAAAGUUGAUCAAGAAAUGUUAUAUGAAAUUAUUUUAGCUGCUAAUUAUUUAAAUAUUAAACCUUUAUUAGAAUCUGGUUGUAAGAUGGUUGCUGAGAUGAUUAAGAGUAAGAGUCCUGAAGAAUUGAGAAGGACNAAUCUGGUUGUAAGAUGGUUGCUGAGAUGA